ACAACACGGUCUUUGAGUUAGUGCAAAUAGCAUCACUCAGGUGUCUCGCUUUCUCUCUCUCUUUCUCAGGGUUUUUUUUUGGCUCACGAUCAGUGCAAUGGGCCGGUCAAGUGUUUUACUAGCGAAGCAGAGUGGAUCAAGUCGGGGGUGUAUCUGAAAAGGGGCAGGCACUACUUAGUGAACAAAUAAAUAGCGGGGUAGUGCCUUUACGACCCGGCGGCGCGGACAGACAAUAUACACAAUAUCGACGCUUCCUCUGCAAGUGCUCUGUCUCUCAGCUCCUGCGAUUCAAAGUGGAAGUUUACCGAGCCGCUGCCGCACCUCGGCAUACGCACUGAAACCUUUCGACUGCUGGGCUGGGCAGCAACGUGAGCAGCAGAACUGAGCAGAGAUCUCGUGUGGCUCGGUAUCUUCAACACAUCCCAUAUUAACAACCGCAAUGUCAUCUGUGCAAGCCAUCCACCACCAGAACUCUCACAACUACUUCCCGAAGGAAGAGCCUGUCAAGGAGCCCCUUGAGAAGGUGUACCAGGUGGGGCCAGUGGUUGGCAGAGGGGGGUUCGGGACGGUCUACGCAGGGGUCCGCAUCAGCGACGGGCUGCCGGUGGCGAUCAAGUACGUGACCAGGGACCGGCUUGGAGAGCUAUGCACCGUGGAGGGCCGGCUGGUACCCCUGGAGAUCAUGCUCCUGCGGAAGGUGUCGGUGGGGGGGGGUUCGCGGGGGGUGGUCCGGAUGCUGGAGUGGCGUGAGUGUCCCGACGGGUUCCUGAUGGUUCUGGAGAGGCCCGAGUCUUGCCAGGACCUGUUUGACUUCAUCUCGGAGCGCGGGACGCUGCCUGAGGACACGGCCCGGACCUUCUUCAGCCAGCUGAGCCGCGCGGUGCAGCACUGCCACGCCCGCGGCGUCCUGCACAGAGACAUCAAGGACGAGAACGUGCUGGUGGACCUGCAGAGCGGCUCCCUGCAGCUACUGGACUUCGGGUCGGGGGCCCUGCUCCGAGAUGGGCUCUACCACGACUUCGAUGGCACUCGGGUGUACAGCCCCCCCGAGUGGAUCCGUUCGGGUCAGUACCACGGCAAGCCGGCUGCGGUGUGGUCUCUGGGGAUCCUGCUGUACGACAUGGUGUGUGGAGACAUCCCCUUCGAGCAUGACGAUGAGAUCACGCUGGGGCAGAUCCACUACCGCCAGCGCCAGCCCUCUGCAGCGUGCUGUCGCCUGAUCGAGUGGUGCCUAUCACAGGACCCCAAAGACAGACCCACACUGGAGCAAAUCCUUGCACACGAGUGGCUCCACCCUGAAACCUCAGUCAGCCAAUCGGACAGCAAGCUGGGGUCGGGGGCGUAGACAGGAGGAUGGGCAGGGCUCUUUGCUGUGGCCAAUGAGGCAGAAGCAUAUCUCACUACUGCGAGGGAGACCAACGAAAGAACAGAGAACAAGGGAAUGAAAGAGAGGGGGAGGUGCCUUGCAAGACGAGAGCUCCAUCAGGUGGAGAGAUGAUCGAGAGCGAGGGAGGUGUGCGGGUUUGGAUUUCAGGAUCGAUGGGAACCUCAUGCUUGUUCAGGAUUUUCUUUGGGAUGGUCAGAGGGACCUGGGAUGGACUCAGAUUUUCCCAGCAUUUUUUUUUUUUUUUCUUUUUUGGGUGAAUUCCUUGAAAAUAUGAAGAUGUUUUCCUGUGUUGGGAAGCUGGCUGGUCUGUGUGAGGAGGCUGCUAGAAUGCAGCUAGCAGGGAGGAGAGACUGAAGCAUGUCCAGGGGUACGCGAAGACAGAGGACUCCUGAUGCAUCGCUGUUUGAGCCGUUCCAGGUUUUCCUGAGAGCCUGGUGGGCGUGCCUGGGCCCUAUAAAAUGUGUAUCGUGAGCAAGCCUUGUUUCUGAAGCAGAUUCUCACUAUUGAGGGAGGUUUAUUUAUUUAUUUGUACAUUUUAAGUGGUUGAUGCGCUCCGGCCAGAUUCCUCCGUGCUGUAAAAUGCUCUAAAACCAGUCUGUCUUUUAUCAGAGUCUAGGAUGAUCGAAUCAACUAGUAAGGCUGACCCAGCUGACAGUUCCACUCGUUUCUUCGGUUUCUUUAGUGUUUCCAGCGGUUGCGUAUUAAAUAGUUCUGGAUGAUUUUCGCUUCCUUCAGUGGAGCCCCCAGCAGUAUAAAAGGAACUGAUCUUCCUGCUGACCCGAUUGGAAGCGCUUGGGUCUGGCGCUGUUCUGCUGGAGUUUCGAACCCGACCCAGGCAGGACUGUAUCCAGAGCUGGCCGGUCCUGACCCACAGAUUUGUGCGAGUGUGCUGGGACGCCGCGGAGAGACUGAAUACAGAGUUUCGUUGUAUUGCACGGGUUUGCUUCCUUGUUUGUUUGUUUUCUGAAGUGGAAACGUUCCGCAUUGCUGGUUACUUGAUUAGCUCUAGGAUUGAACUGAGAGUGUGCCGACUCAUUUUUAUUUUGUUCUUAUUGAUAAUAUUAUUAGCAGUUUUCUCCGUGCAGUCUUCCCAUUAAGAGCAGUGGGAGAUAGCCGGUGCCACACUGUGAUCAUGCCGGUGUACUGGGAGGGGCUAUUUCUGGUACACUGGAACACGGUACCUUAUAUUCAGUUUUGCAAAAGUCAAGUAAACCCACGUCGGGAGAGAGACGCACCUGACUGAAGUCAACCUCAACCUCAAAUGUUUGUUUUGCUGUUACAUUGGAUAAGGGGGGGCUACAGUUGUAGCUGCCUCUUUCAUUCCAGUACUGUACCAAGAGACAGUUCUCCCAAAUGACCUGCUUCAUUCUGGGGAAACCAUUAUUUUGAAAUCUCUGUUCCAGGAGGGAUAUUUCUGUAACCCUCCUUCAGUGGAACUGAUUUACUGUAAGUUUCUAGAAGGGGGAAACCUUUCAUGUAAUACCUCCACCCACCACCUCUGUUCUCUGUUUCCUGUUGGCACUGCGUUGUGUUUGCAGUGACCCUGUGAUCGAAAGUGUUAGUGUAUUUAAAAGGGAAAAAUGAAAAUGUUACUGAAACGAAUUUCUGAAAGAAAGCAGCUUCAGCAUAUUUUAUUAAUUGUUACCUGUUCUGUUUAACCUGUUUUUUUA